UAUCACGUCAUGUAGUCCAGCAUGUUUAUAAAUCACUAGAUCAUAUUUCUUACAGCAAAUGCACCUUUCUACUGCAACUAUCGUAACAGUUUCAUCCUGUCUCCAUAGGAUUCUUCUUAUCUUGCAAUGAGUAUAGCUGUAAGGUGAAGCUUCCGUAAGCACGACAAUGGAGUGUAUAUCCAACGCGCUUUACGCUCUUCUAAUCACAGCUUGUAUGAGCCUGGUUCCGGGAAUGGCUCACCGCCAUCAGAUGACAAGGGAAGUUGAACCCGACCCUGCGUCCACUAAAUUCUUUGGUGUGUUGACGAGGCAUCUACAGAGAGAGCUGCGCAUGACUGCACAACCGCUGGUGACUGAAAGUCCAGCGUCGAACGUCUCCAUUCGCCAUGUUGUGCGCACGCGAUUCCAGACAGAAAUGUUAAAACUGUUUAGAGCUCUUCCUGAAAGGGAGAAGUGUCGACAUUUGACUGAACUCUCAAAGAGCAUGCGCUGCAACAUAUCGACGAUCGUAAAAGGACUACAAGAAGUAAAUAUUAUAAAGAACGAAAAUUACCAAUGUCCCCAGCGUGGAAAGUUCCAGGGAUGGAAGUGUGAAUUCCGUAACAACUCAGCUUUCCUAAACUCCUUCAGAAUUAAAUUGGCGAAAAUAUUCAACAAUGAGAUAACAUCGCCUUUCCAGUGUAAUAUAGUUAACACCAUAGCCUCGGAGCAUGUUAAGGGGGCAAGAACACGCAUUUCUCUUCAGACGGUGGAGCAACUCAUAGGAUUAAACUACCCUUUUGUUGACGUGCGCAAUAAGUGCGCGAAGGUCUGGAAACCGCUGAAGGAGAGAAUUCCCCUGCAACAUCCAGCCGCCCUGCUAAAUAUCACCGUUCGUUUGCAUAAGGGAACUUCGCGAAAAUCAUGGCUAAAGAGUUUGCGCUCCAAGGCACGGACCGUCUACAAUAUUUACACACAGCACUACAAGAAAGGAAGAAAGCAGCGACCACUGAUACCCCAAAGAAACUCUCCUUCUCUGAUGCCUCAAUACAAUACCAUCGUUCGAAUGAAUAUUGUUAGGGUUUCUAGGUUUAACGGAACUAUUGCUGUUGUGUUGAAACUUGAAGUAAGCGACUCGAGAACUAUGCACUUUAAAAGUGUCACCCCUUCAAAAGCUAUAGUGGAUGCGCUUUUAACGAAAAAGCAUAAAUUCCUCAAUUCCCUGUUUGCCGCGCGCGUGAUCGCCAUUACUAGAGCUGAAAAGGAGCAAGUAUCUCAGCCUUAUAGUAUGACACACAGAGACAUCACGCACCUGAGAAAACUCUUCCCGGAAUUUCUUAAGCACUACUACAAACGGCUUGUCCCAUUGGAACGAUGUCUCGUAAUGCUGUACAUAUCAUCCAUCGUGCAGAUUGACUUAAGACCAACAGAACUUGUCUACAACACCUUCAACUACAUCCCCAGGAAAUACUUCUGCACGAGUAGAAGACGGCAAGCGAAUUCUAACCCUAUUGUCGAUAGGAGCGAGAAGUAUCGCGCGGGUACGGCCACGCCCCGUAUCUACCACGAUGUUAGCCCGUCCAUGCAAGCAGUACCGGUGGAGAAACCGGGCCCAAAGUCUGAGAACACCUCAGAUACAGGCGACACUUCAUCCAAGGAUUGGUUGGACGAGGAAUAUGUCGAGGAGAAAAAACCCGUCUCUGUUCUAGAGAUUGUAUUGUUCACUGUGCUGGGACUCCUGUGCAUUGCAAUUCUUGCGUUCACUGUUAACUGUGUAAUCUUUGCUUUGAAACCAAAGUCGACGGAUGAGAAUCAGCCGAAUAGUGCGUUCUCUAAAGCGUUGUUUCGGAAGGUGCCGGCUGAAGAUGGCGGCGACGAAGAGCCUGUGAAUAAUGCGGUGAACCCAAGGAUAGCCGAGGGUGCUUGUAUGGUGAUAACAGAGAUCGAUCAUAACAUUGCAAAUAAGUCUAACGGUGGCGAAACAACUCAUGGACAACCACCUCCUAAGAGUGGAUGUUAUGGUGAAUGCCCGAGUCCAUCACUACGGUCAUGUGAUGAUUUAGAUGUCCAAAUAAGGCCUCACCCUGAUAGUCAUCUCCAUAAAGGAGUAUCUACUGAUGAUCUGAAGGACCUUUUAAUGGGAGGCAGGACUUAUCGCCAUAAAGGUACCGUAGAUGGUACGAAUCAACAUUCUAAUUCACACAACAGUGACUCCUGUCAACAUAAUUGUACCAUAGAGGAUACAACACUCCACACAAAUAACUCUUCAUUGGCCCUAGAGGACCAGGACAGACCGAGCAGACGUAACCGUUCUAAUUCACACAACAGUGACUCCUGUCUACAUAAUUGUACCAUAGAGGAUACAACACUCCACACAAAUAACUCCUCAUUGGUCUUAGAGGACCAGGGCCAACCGAGCAGACGGAACCGUUCUAAUUCACACAACAGUGACUCCUCGGACAAUGCUUCAGAACAACGAACACUCAAAGAAGGAAGCGGCGAACUUAGGGUAUUUAGUGGAGGGAGGAAGGACUGUGGAAUUGAUUGUGCUUGCACUGGUGUUAGCUGUGCUAAUUGUACAGUUGUUGUGGUGCUAGACAAGGAAGGAGAGGCAACUGGCGUGUCCAGCCAAUAGCACAAGCACGUGCUCAGUCAAUAGCAAGAAGGUGCUCAGCCAAUAGCAAGCACGUGUCCAACCAUUAGCAGGCACGUGACCAGCCAAUAGCAAGUACAUGCCACUGACGUGAUAGGGAACACUGCAAACGUGUGAAUUUUCACGCAGCCUUAUUUUAUUUUCGCACCGAUCAACACGACGACAGUUUCUAAUUGUCGAAGUGUUUUUAUCUAAUCUAUGUUGCGCGAAGUCUCCCAUGUCUACAUUGUUUACUCUAAACAAAUUGUGAAUAUAUCUAUACAUAUGUAAAUACAGUACCCGAAAUUAUAUUUUUUAAAUUUUAUUGGUUUGUUUAUUUACAGAGAAAAUAUUAAAUCAGAGCUUUUUUUAGUAA